UGAUUCUGGGUGUACAACAGAAAAUACAGACAAUCAAACCAUCUGCCGAUGCAAUCACCUGACUUUCUUUGCUGUCUUGCUGCAACCCACUGGGAGCCAAUCCUUGGAUGUGAAGAUAUUGAAAUCACUAACAUAUAUCACACAGAUUGGUUGUGGUGUUUCUGCCAUUUUCACAGCAAUUACUUUAAUCAUCCAUUUUAUUCUCAGAAAGAAACAAAAGGAAUGUUCCAUCCAGGUCCACAUGAAUCUCAGUGCUGCCUUGUUUCUUCUCAAUGUGACCUUCUUAACAAACACAAGGCUCAGUUCCAGUUGCACAGACAGUCUCUGUAAAGCCAUGGCUGUCUUGCUGCAUUACUCACUGCUUUGCAGCUUUACAUGGAUGGGAAUCGAAGCGUUUCACCUGUACAUCAUGCUGAUCAAAGUGUUCAACACCUACAUUAAGUGCUACAUGCUGAAACUCCGCCUUGUUGGUUGGGGCAUUCCCGCCGGUGUACUUUCAAUCAUUGUUGGAGUGAGCACAGACAAUUAUGGCUGGUAUUCGAUUCCUGUCAAUGGCAAUUACAGCUCUACGGGCAUAUGUUGGAUAACAAACAAGACUGUGCAUUAUAUUACAAAUAUUGCCUAUUUCGUACUAAUAUUUCUGGGCAAUACAACCAUGCUGAUAAUUCUAUGUGUAAAAGUGAUCAGAUUGAAAGGAGUCCAUUACUUCAUCCGAGCCGCUGCAUUUUAUGGACCUUGGCCAGGAAGAAACAAUCAGGUUGAGGGGCUUGAAAUGGCUGAUGUUGGAGCCCAGGUUACUCUGCAGGGCUGGGGUGAUGGGAUUGGGCUAAGAAAGGCCAUAGUUAAGCUGCAGAGGCAUUGCCGCUGGAUUCAUUUCAGGGCCAGUCUUCAAGACUCCGUGAAGCGGCCACAGGCAGGAACUCGUGGCCCAGAGAGGGAGAACGACUGA